GACGUUUUGGUGUAUACGCUGAGUGGUGGCUGGAGGUGGUUAUGACCUCCAGGAUGCCAUCGCAUGACCAGCGUGAAGAGGGCAGGGAGCCCGAGAGAAGUAAUCGGGACCGCGACAAGUACGAGAGACAUCAUGAGAGGAGCGACAAAGCUUACUCAAAUGAAGUUGGCGAUAGGAGGACCUUUCGUAAUCCUACCUGCUUUGCAUGCAAUGAAGUAGGACACUAUGCGAAUCAGUGUCCUAAUCGCAGUCGGCGGUAUUCAAGCGCGAGACCGUCCACGUCUACUGACACAAGACGAUCAAGGUCUCCGAGACGCUACAAUAGCGGCCGGAGUGAACCGCCUUCAAUGGAUCCGGAGUUGGCAAGUACAAUAGCAAAACUCGGAAAGAGUGUGGCCAUCAUGGAGGAACACAUCUCAGCUGAACAAGAGAAGAAAGCAGCCAAGGCAUGUAAGAAACGAGAGAAGGAGGAAGCCGAACGGCUGGCCGAAGAGGAGCGCAUUAGAGCUGAAGCUGAGCGCGUUGAGGCUGAACGUCGGGCCGAGAAGAUCAAGAAGAAGAAACGAAUGGCAGCGGAGAAGGAGGCGAAUUUGCGCGCGGAGAUGCAAAAGGAUCUAAGGAUUCAGAUCGCCAUCCAAGCCGAUGAGAUGGAGGACCGAUUCGGGAAGAAGAAAGUGACUUACCUAUUGGGAGAAGGCUCAGACUCGCAGGGCGCCAGCGAGGAAAGUGACACAAGUGUCAAUCAGAAGCUCAGCGCUAAGACUCAGAAGUUGUGCAUUUCCGAAAAGCGGAAACGAGGUCCGGAGCCUGUCUUCGAGGAUAGUCCUCCUAUGGAACUGCCAGCUAAGCGUACCCCUAAGCGGGGUAUCCUUAAACCAGCCAAGCUGGUUGGACGAAUAACCAGGUCGAAGACCAAGAUGAAAGGCAGAGUGACUCCCGUCUCUGGGAAGAAGAAGAUCAAGACACCGCUCUCCAAACAAAAGACACCAACACAUCGAUUUGCAACUACUACGACACCGAUUGCUGAGAGGUCGUUGGCCCGCAUGCAUUUCCGGGAGGGGAUCCUACGGGAGCUUAAGGACCUGGAUGCCGUCGAAUUGCAGCAGAUUUGUCGUGACGAAAGGCUUCAUUAUGAUAAGAAGAUUGAUGCCAUCUUCGAUAUUGCCAAGCAUCGCACCAAGGCUGCCUUUGCCAAUCCAGUUGGUGGUGUGGAGGUCAUUCAGAUUGCGGAUUCGGCAGCCACUGUUGAGGACGAGAAUAAACCACUUACGGACGCUGUGUGAAGAGUCUUGUCGAUUCCUCAGUUAUGGAGCGUUUGCCGUUUCCUAGCUCAUAUCAGAUGUGAGUCGCUGUGUGUCGAUACUGCGGUGGAGAAGUUACUUCGUUUGGUGUUUUUGUUACUUGUUGUGCAAGGCCAGAUUCGUUGGGCGAAGAAAUGUCUACCGAAUUGGCUUAAUCUUUACGGUAGGCAUGGUCUGGAGUUUCUUGACUUAGCCAAUAGUGUGUAUGUCGGUAUCUCCCCGUUCUGUAAGGCCUUGUAUAUUGGGAAGUCAACCCGGAAUGUCGACACACGGUGGAGGGAACACAUCUAUUGUUGUCGUCAUCGAACCCAGUCACACUUUCACCGUUGGUUAGCCUCCUUUGGUAUCGGCAAUUACUUGUUGCUACCGAUCGAUGUGCUGGUCGGAAAUGAACUCCCUAAGCUUGA